AAGGAGUGUGGAUGUUAUGAAGUAAGUUAUGAAUCGAUUUCCCUUCGGACACCCUCUAUCAUAGAUACCUGCAGAAAAACCAAUUUCACCUGUUUUAAAAGAGUUCUAGGUGAUUUUACAGCAAAUCCAAGUAAUUACUGUGACUGUCCGGUAGCUUGUAGAGAAACUAACUUUGUUUUGUCAGAUGAACGACAACCAGCUUUCAAACCAAGCAUUGAUCUGAACAUGAUGUUAAAAGACAUAUGUAGAACAAAAUACGGAGCAUUGACCCUAAGUAACUGUCCACUCAACAGAUUGAAAACAGAAAACACUUUAAAAGAAAAUUUUGUAAAGAUUAAACUAUACUUCAAAGAACCAGCAUAUGAUAUAUGGUCAGAGGAAGCCUCGUAUGAUGAAAUAAAGAUGCUAGCUGAUAUUGGUGGUUCUCUUGGAUUGUUUAUUGGAGCAUCAGUCUUAAGUCUAGGUGAAAUAUUGGAAGUGGUGGCCAUGUGUGUGAGAGCAUUUUUAAGAAGGCGACAGAAUGCCAUUCACACUGUUGACUAGAUUUCUAACAAACUUAACAGUGUAACCUUGCAGAAUAUAGACUGUAAAGACGUUAUUGUUGAAACAAAAUAAUUUUAGACAUUUACGGACUACAUUUUAACUUGUUGAACUAAUAUGUACAUAUGAAUUUUGUU